ACGCCCGCCUCCAUGUUCCGGCCGCCACCAGGAAGCGUCGGCCCGAGGUCGCGGUCCGCUCGCUGCGAACGACGUGCCGGCCCGGGAGUCAAGGACGCCGAACGUUGCGAGCGCCUCCGUCCGUGGGCGCGGAAUGAAGGCGGGCGCCGUGGUCCCUCAGUCGGCUGACUACGGCGGCGGUCAGAGACGCCAGCCGGCGGCUGCUUCCUGGUAGCCACCGCCGCCGCGUCGCCUCGGGGCCUGCGCGCUUCCGGCCGGGCCACGUGACGGCGCGCGCACGUGUUCCGGUCUGUGCGAGCCUCCUGCUGCCGAGCUCGCCGCCGCCGACGUGCAGCCCCCCGAAGCCAGGCCGGGCCGGGGCCGGGGGUCCGGGGGGGCUCCCCGCCGCGGCGGGCGGCCAUGAACCCCAGGGGCCUGUUCCAGGACUUCAACCCGAGUAAGUUCCUCAUCUACGCCUGCCUGCUCGCGUUCUCGGUGCUGCUGCCGCUGCGGCUGGACGGCGUGCUGCAGUGGAGCUACUGGGCGGUGUUCGCGCCCAUCUGGCUGUGGAAGCUGCUGGUGAUGGCGGGCGCGGCGGUGGGCGCGGGCGUGUGGGCGCGACACCCGCGCUACCGCACCGAGGGCGAGUCGUGCGUCGAGUUCAAAGCCAUGCUCAUCGCCGUGGGCCUGCACCUGCUGCUGCUGCUGUUCGAAGUGCUGGUGUGCGACCGGCUGGAGCGGGGCACGCACUUCUGGCUGCUGGUUUUCAUGCCUCUCUUCUUCGUGUCGCCCGUGGCCGUGGCGGCGUGCGUCUGGGGCUUCCGACACGACCGCUCGCUGGAGCUGGAACUGCUGUGCUCCGUCAACAUCCUGCAGUUCAUCUUCAUCGCGCUGCGCCUGGACCGCAUCAUCCACUGGCCCUGGCUCGUGGUGUGCGUGCCGCUGUGGAUCCUCAUGGCUUUUCUGUGCCUCGUGGUGCUCUACUACGUGGUCUGGUCCCUCCUCUUCCUGCGCUCGCUGGAGGUGGUGGCCGAGCAGCGACGGACGCACGUGACCAUGGCCGUGAGCUGGAUCGCCAUCGUGGUGCCGCUGCUGACCUUCGAGGUGCUGCUGGUGCACAGGCUGGACGGCCACAACGCCUUCUCGCACGUGGCCAUCUUCUUGCCGCUCUGGAUCUCGCUGCUCACGCUCCUGGCCACCACGUUCAGGUUCAAGGGCGGCAACCACUGGUGGUUCGGCAUCCGCAGGGACUUCUGCCAGUUCCUGCUGGAGAUCUUCCCCUGCCUCCGGGAGUACGGUAACAUCUCCUACGACCUGCAGCACGAGGACAGCGAGGAGGCCGACGACGCGGUCACCGCGGGACCGGAAGGCCCCAAGCUGGCGCCCGUGUUCGGCAAGGCCAGAGUGGUGACACAGAGCCCGGGGAAGUACGUGCCCCCGCCCCCCAAGCUGAACAUCGACAUGCCGGAUUAGGCCUCCUGCUCCUCGGUGUGUGCACCGUCACCAGCUCGGGUCUGCCUUUGCGUGCAUGUGCCCCCCGGGGGACCCUACCUGGUCACCUCCGGGUGCGCUCUGUACCAGCCAGCCCGAGGCCCGGCUGUGAACAGAGGAGGUUGGGUUCCUGUGUGUGUGUGUGAGAGUGUGACAGAAGGGGGUGUUGCUUGCCAGGUUGCUGCUGUCACAGCCAGCCCUCCAACUUUCCCCCAAGCAGGGACACAAGUUGAGGUACCCUCCCAGGGUUCCUCAAAAGGAAUAACUACACAGCUGUUGGGGUAGUUUGGGGGUUUGUUUUUGUGAAGUGCUACUAUGCCUGUCAAAAGUGUUGUUUAAAAAAACCCUAUUUUUAUACAUGGCUCACCUCUGUUCUGAGGUUGUGCCCAUCCUGACAGGUGGCCGUGCCGAGCGCCAUCCUGCCCCCUGCACCUGCCGGGUCGUCCCCGGCAUGCUCACUUUUGUCCCGGUAGCUUUCCUCACGGCUUCCCAAGCAGGUGGACUUUGUUCUCACGGCGUUGCGCCCAUGCGCGUAUUCAUGUGAACGAUCUGUCAGUUGUGACCUCUGGCGUUGAAUUCGGGUUCUUUGCAGGACAUUGUAUGGUGUGUUUUUUUUUUGGGGGGGGGGUUUUGUUUGUUUUUUAAGUUUUUCUGUAAAGAAACUUGUCAACGGCAGGCGUCGGCCCUGGCUGUGUUCGUGCGUGUGUCAUGCGGGGGCCAAGUGGCUGGCAAGGGUGGCACACUU